AAAAUCUUAUGUUCGAAUCUUGAUAACCCUCAUUGAUAAACACCUUAUGUCUGAUGCAUGUGCAAACUUCAACCCUACCUACAAAUUAACGAUAAAAAUUUUCCUAUCUACGAGGAAAUAUAUGAUAUGAUAUUGUAAUGCCAAAAGAGUCCCCAGGUUCAAAACUCGUGCAAAUUUCUGGACGUACAUUCAAAUCCAACACAGUGUUUCGAAUUACAAGGCAUGCAGAUCCCAUCGUCACUUAGCCGCCGCAGUUUUAAAAACUGUACAAUCCUGUAAUAUCUAUCUGUACCUUCUCAGUUUCUCAUCUCUUUUCACAAACUACAAUUCCGUACGUUGAAUCCCACAAAUUAAGUUACGUUUUAGUAACAAGAUAUUUGAGGAGCACGACUUCUAGAAAUGCCACAGAAAAAGACGUUAGAGCCCAUUUAUCCCAAACCAACGUAAUACGUAUUUUCUUCAAUUCACUCUUUUUUCCAUGUCAAAUUGGUGCCAAUCGAAAAGUGUGAUAUGAUAGAUAAAAAAAAAUACAUAAAUUUAAACAGAAAAAUAGGAAAAUACAUCAGAAAUUUUACGAAGCAAACUAUAAUCGUCAUAAAGGAUGAUAAAGUAAUAAAAAAUUAUAAUAGUGAAAUAUUUUUUUUUAACAAGUAACAUGCUAUUUUGCUUUCAACACCAAGGGACAAGUCAAAGUAAGGUGGACGGCGGUAGGCAAAGAAUAAUAGAAGGUAGGGGCGGAUGAAGGAGUUGUAGUCACUAUAAUACUCUUAUAUGAAACUUGUGGUCUGCUUUAAUCAAUUUGUGGUAUGCUCUAUAGAGUUUCUGGUAUGCUUCAGGGAUCUUUUAAUCUGCUUUGAGUAAUCUGGUUUGUUUUAUAAAUUUUACGGUAUGCUGAUGUUUUGGUAUGCUUUAAAAGUUUCUGGUAUACUUUAUGUUAUUUGUAGUGGAUUUGUUGUGUUUAUGCUUUAUAGUCUAUGUUUUAUGGUCUGUUUCAUGAUAUUUGUAGUAAGGACGAAACACAAAAUAAAAGAGAUAAACAUCCGGCAUGGCCCCAAUCCAGCCCACUCCCAGUUCAAGAUGGAAAGCAAGCCACCUCUAGCCGAAUAUGGGCCGAGAUAAAAAAGCCCACAUUCACCUUCUCAUUUCGGCCUACCAACGAAACGACGCAGUUUGGCCUAUCUUCCACUGAACACAAGAACCAGGUCAACCAUUCGGACUAUCGAUUCCACUGACGGGAGAAAGCUCCAAAAUCUAAAACCCUCGUUCUUGGGGUUCCGAAUUCCAAUCUCUUCCACUUCUCACCCGCAUUUCACCGGCGAGGGAAGAGAAGCCCAGCUCCGCCGCCGGCUCCCAUUUCGAUCUCUCUCUCUCUCGCCGCCAUGGAGGAACGCAGCUACCAGCGCAAACCCGUGGUGAAGAUCCGCGAGAUGAAGGACGACUACAUGAAGUUCGAGCUCCGCAACACCGACGCCUCGGUGGCCAACGCCCUCCGCCGCGUGAUGAUCGCCGAGGUCCCCACCGUCGCCAUCGAUCUCGUCGAGAUCGAGGUCAACUCCUCCGUCCUCAACGACGAGUUCAUCGCCCACAGGUUGGGGCUCAUCCCGCUCACCAGCGAGCGGGCCAUGAGCAUGCGAUUCUCCCGCGACUGCGACGCCUGCGACGGCGACGGCCAGUGCGAGUACUGCUCCGUCGAGUUCCACCUGCGGGCCAAGUGCGUGGUGGACCAGACCCUGGAUGUCACCAGCAAGGACUUGCUGAGCUCUGAUCACACCGUGGUUCCCGUCGACUUCAAUGAAAUUGCCGGCGAUGAGACCUCUGAGCAGAAGGGGGUUAUGAUUGUGAAACUGCGCCGUGGACAAGAGCUAAGACUCCGGGCAAUAGCUAGGAAAGGUAUUGGGAAAGAUCAUGCGAAGUGGUCUCCAGCAGCCACCGUGACUUUCAUGUAUGAACCAGAGAUCAAUAUCAAUGAAGAUAUGAUGGCAAGAUUGUCACUUGAAGAUAAGCAGAGUAUAGUGGAGAGCAGCCCUACCAAGGUUUUCGACAUCGAUCCUACUACCCAACAGGUUGUGGUUGUGGAUGCUGAAGCAUAUACUUACGAUGAUGAAGUCAUCAAGAAACUGGAAUCAAUGGGGAAGACAGGGCUUAUUGACAUUAAAGCCAAGGAGGACAGCUUCAUAUUCACGGUUGAGACCACCGGUGCUGUUAAAGCUUCUCAGUUGGUGCUUAAUGCGAUAGAGAUACUCAAACAAAAGCUGGAUGCAGUUCGUUUGUCUGAUGAUACAGUUGAAGCUGACGAUCAGUUUGGUGAACUUGGUGCUCAUAUGCGUGGAGGAUAGAUCGAUAGAUAGAUAGAUAGAUCGUCUCCAGCUGGUAAACCCUGUCUUAAUGGGCAUUUAGGAGCACCCCUGAACCUGAACAAUCUCUUAAUCGUCUUCCUUUUUGUCUGCUCACUGUCUGAAUGUUCAUGGUGUAUUUCUGUUCACCUCAUUGCAGCCUCAGAAGUAGACACCGCAGGUAACUCUUCACUUAAACAAUGGAACCCUUAUUAACCCUAAACCUUGAACUACCCCAUCUGGUUUGCUUUGAUUGUUCUCUUCACGCUGUUGAAGUUCUCUAUGCUUCGCCUUGAACUUCUUUCUGAUUGCCAGCUUGAGUUCUGAAACUUGAAUUCGAAUCCUACUAAUGAGCUCACCAUAUUCGAGCGCGUAGAACGACCUUGCUCGGCUGAAUGUAGCAUGGCAUUCAACCAUCGCAAUCUCGUUGGCAUCUCGGUAUGUCUUCUUCCUCUUGUCAUGGACGACAGUGGCGAUGUUGAUAUCGACAGACAGCCGAGCUGACAACGACGCAAAUGCAUACAAAGUCAGUUAGCCCAUCUCGUUCCCUAUGAUUUGAUGAUAUCAUGUGUAAUAUCGCAAACCAAAAUGCAGGCAGGCAGGCACAGGUUCACUCCUUCACGGGUUCAAUUAGCUCAAACAUAGGCCACAUUUUCUCCAUCCUUUCAUUUUCUGGAAGCCAAAACAAAAAUGAAAGCGUGAGUGGACCUAGCUGAUCUCCUGCAUACUAUCUGAAAUGCAGAGUUCUCUUCCACAUAGAGAAGAAGAAAUUUGGAUCGAAAUCAGGAGACCGUGCCCGCGCGCGCCAAAACUCUGCAAGUCGCCAUCGACCAAUUCCUGCGGUCACGUUCAUAUAUUUUGCCGUUGAGAUAAAGGGAGGGAGACGACAUGUUGGGCCUGAAAUUUUGACGCAAAUUGUUUGGAGGCGACUCUCUCUCCUGAUUGCUUUGCUGUAUUUGGUUGUAGCAAAAAAUGUUGUAUAGCAUAGGACGAGGAAGAAGAUGAAUCUCGUGCAGAUGUGACGUUAAUCAUCUAUAUGAGUAAUCGCUUCUUGUUGUAAGAGGAUCUUCCGCUCGUGAGUCACGAGUAACUAUCCGUUCCUUUUGUAACCAGGCGAUAAUCACGAUAAGUACUGAUUACAAUAUUUACGCAAUGGACCAUUUCGAUGGAAAAGGUUCAUAAAUGAGGCAAUUGGGUCAAUAUUGUCUCCUUUUGCAAAAUUAGUUGGUUUGUAGGAAGAUGAGUUAUUCUUGCCAUUGAGGAGAAUUAGUCGCUUACUUUCAUAAGAGAAUCUUUCAUUAGUGAGUUACGAGUAACUAUUCAUCCAUCUUACAAGCACCAUCCAGGGUAUAAUCACGAUAAGUGCAUGAAUAUUAGUACUAACCCAUACAAGCACUUGACUGCUAAAAGGUUGUUUCGAUAGAACAAUUAAGAGAUGAGACAAUUGAUCAGCAAAUUGACUCGUUUAACAAAAUGAGUAAUUUGUAAUGAGUCAACAAAAAUUACCUUCCUCCCGAGACAAUUAUAAUUGUGUCACAACAUAGCAGUUCGAAAAUUUCUCAUGCUCAAGUGUUCCGAUUGAUUUGUGUAUAUCCAGACAAUACAAUCGGACCCAAUUGUAUCAUCGAAUUGCUCCAUUCAAACGACCCGUAUCAGAUUUUUCACAGCUGUUGUUGAGGGCCAAGAAUCAAUGGAUAGUCACUCUCUCACAAUGCAUGAACUAGGUAGAGGGUUCAUUAUGAUCCAACAAAAUAUAUUUUUUAAAGAUCU